AUGGCGCACGAGUCCGGACUGUUCUCAGUCCGAAGACCACGAGAAACUCUCGGCGGUAUCAAUCACAACGUCUCCGCGAUCCCCAUGCCCUCCUCCGCCAUGAAGCGCUCCACUUCCCAAAACAACCUCAACUCCCACGGCCGGUCCACCUCCACCUCCCGCCUCUCCCUCGCCCCAAACCGCACAUCCCAACUCCACCGCUCCUCCUCUGGCUCCAACCUCGCCGAUGGCUUCGCGAGCGUUCACCGCAACUCGACCAACAACAUGAUGUCGUCGCAGCGGCGAUCCACCUUCGCCCCAAUGGCGGCCUCGACCCCGCGUCCCCCGUCGUUCGGCCUGGAUCUCAGCGCGCAGCGACGGAGCAGCAUCUUCAGCGCGCGUCCGUCGGGGGUGAACGGCGGAGGCGGCGCAUCGCGACAAUCGUUCUUCCAAACCGCCCCGGCGCCGCCGACCGUCCCGCAGGAUCCGCGACGGUUAAAAGACGGGAGCACGCGUGCGCAGAUGGCACACGAGCUAAUGGAGUAUCUGUCGGAGAACAACUUUGAGAUGGAUAUGAAAUACAGUCUAUCCGCCAAGGCGUUCACGUCGCCGACGCAGAAGGAUUUCAAUUGCAUGUUUCAGUGGCUGUAUAAGCGGCUGGACCCAUCGUACCGCUUUCUGAAGAGUAUCGAUGCGGAGGUGCCGCCGUUGCUGAAGCAGCUGCGGUAUCCGUUUGAGAAGAACAUCAUGAAAAGCCAAAUUGCGGCCGUGGGAGGAAACAAUUGGCAUAUCUUCUUGGGCCUCUUGCAUUGGAUGAUGCAGUUAGCGCGGAUCAUGGAUGGAUAUGCAUCGGGAGUAUAUGACGAUGCAUGCAUGGAGGCGGGUUACGAUGUGACCGGAGAUCGAAUCAUCUUCACAUUUCUGUCGAACGCAUAUCGAGACUGGUUGUCGGUCGAAGACGAUGAGUCGGACGAGAAUGCGGAGAAGAUCAUCAAACCGCACAUCGAUGUGAUGGCCGGGCAGUUCGAAGCGGCGAAUCGCGAGCAUCUGGAGCAAGUCAAGCUGCUUGAAGCAGAGAGCAAGGCCUUGGCGGAUCAGGUCGAAGAGCUUGGCCGUGGCGCGGAGAAAAUGAAGAAGCUAGACGACACGAUCAAGAUCCUAGAGGAGGACAAGGGGAAAUUCGAGCAGUACAACGCGAACAUGGAAGCCAAAGUGGAGAAAUACCAGAACCGCAUCCAGCUUCUCGAGGAAGAAAUCCAGAAGGUCGAGCAGGAAGUCGAUGAAGCUGAUCGAGAACGGCGGGAGCUGCAAGACUGUCUGGACAGCAAAGGCAUCCCGAUCCAAGACAUCGACCGCAUGAAUGCCGACCGAGAACGCAUGUCCAAGGGCGUCGAGGCCACUCAAGUUCGACUGGAAGAAGCAAGGAGACGGGUAGGGGAGCGAGAAGCCGAAGCCGAGGCCAAACUCGAGGAGUUGCGAAACACAAUGGAGCGUUAUAACUCCUUAGGUUACGAAGUUGGCAUCAUCCCCUCCACCGCUUCCAAUGCCAAAGGAAUCAACUACGAGCUCGUCCUGUCUGUCUCUGACGGCUCACACUUCAGCACUUCCCAAGGGUCGCAGUCCGAAGACGACCGAUUCUUAACGGAUGCCGGGAACGGGUACCAGCCGCACCAGCUCCUCAAUCUUGACCUGAAGGGUGCGGUCCGCAACAACAUCAACACGCUACGGAAAGAGAUCGGUGAGCGACGAAUGGUGGCCACGGGGCAGGACGAGGAAAUCCGCGACCUAGUGUUGAAGACAGAUGUGGAGUUGGAUGAGCGGAAGCAGGAGGUCGAUCAGCUGGAGUACCGCGUCAAGUCUGCGUCGGAUGAGUUUGAGAAGACGCGAGAGUUGACCAACGAGCAAAAAAUGACUUCCGAUACACACGUCGAGAAGAUGGAGCGAGAGCUCGCGAGUCUAAGGACCGGGUUGAGCGAUAGCAUACAGAUGACCGAACAACGAGAGAUGAAUACCAACUUAGAGUACGAGCGACUCAAAGACCGCGCGGACGCCGUCCGAGAAGAACUGCAUACCGAAAUCGAGCGGAUCCUCAACGACGUGAUCAAGUUCAAGGUGCAUAUCCAGAAGAGUCUCGAGGACUAUGAGCAGUUCGUCGCGGAGGAGGUGGAGGGGGAACUGGCGGGACAGGAGGAGCAGGAGUAUGAGCAGGAUGUGGAAAUGGAGGAGGAUGAGUGA